GAGUGAGUGCACAUCUUUUCUGUCACUCUUACUGAUCCUGGUGUCCAAAUUGUACGGAUGUAAUAUAAAGCAUCAGGUUAAAGAAAAUAUAAAGUAUAAUACGUUAGACUAUGUGGAGGCGUAAAAAGACCUGAGGUGGGUCUGUAGUUAAUUUAAAUAUUUUAAGGAUUGGAAAUAACUAUACAUCUCCAUAAUCAAAUUUAGUCAUUGACAAAGCAUAUUUUGAGUAUAAAAAAAUAUGACAAUAUAGUCUCUCAAAGUAAAGACUAAGUCCCACUGGAACAAAUAGCAUUACAUUUUUUUACAUGCGUAAUAGGAUACGUUCACGUCAUCUAUAUGCACUAUACGUAAAUAAACACGUACGUGCUAUUGUCUGUGAAAGAUCAUGAUUAGAAUAUGGUGGUAAUUCUCAAUACAGCGAUACAUAACAGUCAUUAGCAUUAACCACUCUCUAACCCAGACAAAAGCUCCCUCCCUGCAUCCUCAUUACCCUUUACCUUCUUCAGGCCUGUGAUGACUCCCGUCUUCUUUCAUUUCUGUCCUGUUAGUGCUAAUCACUGACUUAAUGGCAUGUGUUUACGAAGCACACACAAUACUGCCCCAGAAGUCUCCAUGAAGCUCUAUGGAUACCUGAAGCUGUGCAUGCCGAUUAGCCCGUUAAUGAUCAAAACCACAAACAUUCUGACAGAGUAUCACAAUCCAGCUCUUAAAUGAGCAACAUGAGAAUAAAGGAGAUGGGGCAGAGUAACGGCAUCAGGUGGUUGGCUUUGUUAGGAUAAUUUCAUCAGGCUACGUCAGCAGUAAGGAGAUGCAUAGUAUAUAAACAAUCCUCAUUUUCUCACGAAAACAGAGAUCAUUAGGAGCCUUAUUCUAGGAUGGCACAUGUCCAUAUCAAGCAAAGAAGAGCAAUGAGACCCCUGGGUGCCUCUUCGGCUAAGCUCGUGCUCUUCCUCGCGCUGAUGACCCAGCUCACCUGUGACGCAGACGCGAUGACGAGCUGCUGCACGCGGAAGCCGCACCCGUGCUCGCUGUAUGAGUUACUGUGUCGCGCGGGACACCGGAACCUCACCGACCCGGACGGGAAACUGGGCCGCCUGAGCAGCGACGCCGCCGCCGGGAUCCUCACACUCGGCAAGCGGAAAGCGACCGAAAGCCGGUACCAGGACCGACUGCAGCAUCUUCUGCACAGCUCGCGCAACCAGGCUGCGGGGAUCCUUACUAUGGGCAAGAGAGGCGCAGAGAGCGGACUCGGUACCGUUCACACAGCCGUUAAACUGGACCUCGAAAGACCACUGAAAUACCUGAUGCAGCCUGCAGACAGAGCCUCAUACGAACAAUGACUCUGAUCCUCUGUUCACUGAUCCUACUCUAAAACAACAUUCUCAUUACUAGCCUGAUCCAUUAAGCUAGAGAUAGCUGUUGUGAUGAAUAUUUCUGUAUAUGCAUUGCGUUACUGCAUCUUCCUUACUCUAGUCAGGACUCAGGAUUAGUCUGAAUCAUCUACUGUGUACAUUAUUUUUCAGACUGAUUCAUAGUUAUUUGUGUGUAAUGCCUCAAGCGGCCACAAGGUGGCAGAGUUGUAUCAUAUUGUAUUUUACAUAUAAUAAAGUAAUGAAAUGAACAUGAAUCAUUAACAAUGUUAACAAUGACAAAAAGAAGUGUCUAUCAUCAAUAACUUUGGAUAACCAGGAUUUGUCAACUGUCCCUAAAAAUAAUAAACAAAACAAACAGUAAAACAAAGCAGUAAAAAACAGACUUUACAUUUUACAGUAAAUAAUAUUAAUAUACGAGUAUGUGAUAUGCGAUAGUUGCCCUAAAAUGUAGUUAUGGUUAUGGU